CCAGAAGCCUGAAGCCGAGCUGGCCGUGUGGGCUGCAGGGUGGCGCUGCUCGCCCGGGUAGUUGAGUCCUCCAGAGGGAGACACGCAGUGUUGCUAUUCAAGAUGCAGUUCAUGCUUCUGUUCAGUCGACAAGGAAAGCUCAGGCUUCAGAAGUGGUACGUGCCUCUGUCUGAUAAGGAGAAGAAGAAGAUCACCAGAGAGUUGGUGCAGACGGUGCUGGCUCGAAAGCCCAAAAUGUGCAGCUUUCUGGAGUGGAGAGACAUGAAGAUUGUAUAUAAGAGAUACGCCAGCCUGUACUUCUGCUGCGCGAUAGAGAACCAGGACAACGAGCUGAUCACUCUGGAGAUCAUCCACAGAUACGUGGAGCUGCUGGACAAAUACUUCGGCAGUGUUUGUGAGCUGGACAUUAUCUUUAACUUUGAGAAGGCGUACUUCAUCCUGGAUGAGUUCCUGCUGGGGGGGGAAGCUCAGGAGACGUCCAAGAAGAACGUUCUGAAGGCCAUCGAGCAGGCGGACCUGCUGCAGGAGAACAUAGACUUUCAGAUGCGCCUGUUUGCAGGUGUGAUGCUCCCAAAUAUGGUCUCUGAGUCCUCUGGUCUUUUCCAGAAUUAGUCCUGCAGCCCCGUCAUGAGUACUUUGCUGUGCCCGUGUACUGAUGGUCCGCCUGCAUGAGUGUGUGCGCUCUGAGCUGCUGUCCGUGUGAAACUCUUCACUUCCAUAUCAACACCUUCACUUUGGAACAUCUAAAGGAGUUCUCCAGAUGUUUGUGGAUGAUUCAUGUGGUGACAUAUGAUCAUGUCUCAUGUUAUUGUUUCACAUCUCUUUAUUAUGACCGCUGUAAAUCAUCACGACCCAGCUGAUGGAAACCCACUCAGACCUCAAAUCAUCUGAAAUGAUUUCCUCAGAUGCGUCUUCUUCACAAAAUCUCUUUUUAUGUUGAUCCCUCAUGGGGGGGGGGGGCGUGUCCAUAUAAAAUAAACAAAAUAAAUCUGGGGAUAUAUUUCUAAAUCUGAUUUAAAUUCCUUAAUUUUCUUUUUUUAAUCUGAGAGCAGGAGGCAGAACAUCUUUGCCUGGUCGAGCUCUAUGUUUCUAAAUGUUUGUUGUUGUAAUACCCCCCCCCCCCCCCCUUUGUUCUAAGUAUUCACAUCUUGUGUUAGUGAGUUAUGUAACAUUACUUUAAAGUCACCUGGAUGAAAACACCUGAGUCGUGCUGAGUCAGCCUCUAGUGGCCGGAUCGAGUAUUACAACAACAACACACAUUUAAAUGAGCUUAAAAUAAAGUUUCACCAUCAAAUGUUUCAUCAGCGUGUUUUCACAGAUGAAAGAAAAGUAACUUAGAAAAAUGGACCUGGCAAAAUCUUUUUGCACAUUACAUUAAGAUUACAUUAAGAUUACAUUAAGAUUAAGAUUACAUUAAGAUUACAUUAAGAUUAAGAUUACAUUAAGAUUACAUUAAGAUUACAUUACAUUAAGAUUAAGAUUACAUUAAGAUUACAUUAAGAUUACAUUAAGAUUACAUUACAUUAAGAUUAAGAUUACAUUAAGAUUACAUUAAGAUUAAGAUUACAUUAAGAUUACCACAUCAACUCUUUAGAUCAGAUUGAAUGUCCAGAGUUUUAUAUUGUUCAGAGUUCUUCUUUCAGUUUCAGAUUUGUGUUCAUGUCAUCAUGUGUUGUUAGAAGAACAGCUGUUCUGUGUUUAAAUGAUUUCUAGAUGUAAAUGAACAGCAGCCCACUCUCCAGGUGAGUGCUGUUCGUAUUUCUACAUCAUUACGAUAAUAACAGCCUUACUCUUUCUUUAUCUUUUAUAAACGCUGAAUGUUUAGUAUUUAGAGGAUGUUUUUGAUCAUUGUAUAUAAAAGAUAAUAAAUAGUUUAUGAUUGUUUGUCAUGAA